GCUUAAUGCAUGCUGAUGAAACAGAAUUGCCAAUAGUUGUUAAACAUGAAGCUGUUUUUCCUGCUAGCUACUUUGUGCUUCUUCACUUUGGGCAGAGUCUCAUCAGGUCUUCCAAAAUAUGAAGCAAUAUUCAACUUCGGAGACUCCCUCAGUGACACUGGAAAUUUCCUUCUCUCCGAUCCCCUCGCAUCCCAAGUCAUUGCUAAGCUACCUUAUGGAGAGACCUUUUUCCACCAUGCAACCGGCCGGUCCUCCGACGGCCGCCUUAUUGUUGACUUCAUCGCUGAGGCAUGUGAGUUGCCGCAUUUACCACCUUAUUUAGCCCUAAAGAAAGGCGGCCAAAACUUUUACCGAGGAGUAAACUUUGCUGUUGCCGGAGCUACUGUACUUGCACCUGAAUUCCUUUCCAAGCUGUUGCGAGGUAAAGUGGGAGCAAUGCUCACAAACUAUUCCUUAAGCGCUCAGCUUGGUUGGUUCAAGGAGCUCAAGCCCUCACUUUGCAACACCAAACAAGAAUGUGAGAGCUACUUCAACAAGGCUCUGUUUCUGGUGGGGGAGAUCGGUGGAAACGAUUACAACUACGGUUUCUUUGCUGGUGGGAGCAUUAAACAGCUCAAAGCCUUGGUGCCUCUUGUUGUGGAUGCAAUCACUAUGGCCACCAGUGUAUUGAUAGAGGAAGGAGCAGUGGAGCUAGUGGUGCCUGGAAAUUUGCCAAUUGGGUGCUUAGCAGUCUACUUGACUUUUAAUGGAAGCCCUAACAAAGCUUAUUAUGAUAAACGAAAUGGGUGUUUGAAGGCGUUCAAUGCUUUUGCCAAGUACCAUAACAAAGAGCUCAAACGUGCCCUAGGAACAGUGGAACAAAAAUACCCUCAUGCAAGGAUCAUAUAUGCCGACUACUAUGGUGCUUCCAUGCCUUUUUUUCAUGCUCCUCAACACUAUGGGUUCACAAGUGGGAGUCUAGAUGUUUGUUGUGGAGGAGGAGGACCAUACAACUUCAACAAUUCAGCAAGGUGUGGACAAAUUGGUUCCAAGGUCUGCAAAGAUCCAUCUUCGUAUGCAAAUUGGGAUGGAAUUCACUUAACACAAGCAGCUUAUAGCCACAUUGCCAAGGGUUUGAUCCAUGGAAAGUUCACCAUCCCCAUCUAGCUUGCUUCUGGUUCAGGUAGUUUGCCAUUUAACUCCCCAGUAAAACUAAGAAAACUGAUGUAUGAAUAAGGAGUUUAAACACUUCAUGGCUUUAAUUCACAAACCCAGCUGAACCUUGUGGAGUAAAUUUGUAAAA